AUGGCCCUGUUAGACAGAGAAAACUUCUGGAAGAAGAAGUUUGAGCAGGAAAAAGACGCCAAGGAGCGUUUAUUGAAACGCCUCCACAAAGAGCCGACUGUUUCUAUCAAUGUGGAUGAACUGACAAAUGUCCUUGGGGCAGAGCCGAGGGUCAGACGGAUCCAAGGGACAGACAACCAGAAAGGUCAGUGCUAUCAAAUUGAGCUGGGGGCUUCUGAGGACCAUGAAGCCAAGUUCUACAAAGCCAUCAUCACAGUAACAGUAGGACAUGAUCUGGAAGAACUGGAGGUUAAACCUGCUGUGAGUGUUGUAGAUGAAGAAACAGCUCCUUCAGGGACACAGGCUGAGGCUGAGACUGCUGUGGACCACAGUCUGGAGUCUGACGCUAACCUCACAGACACAGCCAUGGAGAACCUCAGCACGGAGAGAGACAUUCUCAAUGAGACUGUCUCUGCUGUAGAAGCCCCUAUGUCAGUGCCCAAUGCUGCACUGGAUACAGUCUCAGGAGCACCAGCUCAAAAGGCCGACUUUCCUCAGGUCAUAAAAAACAAAAAGAAGAGGAAAAAUAAGAAGGCCGCAAAGCUAACCAUGAGAAGUACACCGCAGGUCCAGGAGCCAAAUGAGACCCAGACCGCCAAGGCUUCUGAGGACUUUGACCAUGAAGCCGAGUUCUACAAAGCCAUUAACACAGUCACAAUAGGACAUGAUCUGGAAGAACUGGAGGUUAAACCUGCUGUGAGUGUUGUAGAUGAAGAAACAACUCCUUCAGGGAUACAAGCUGAGGCUGAGACUGCUGAGGACAAGAGUCUGGAGUCUGACGCUAACCUCACAGACACAGUCGUGGAGAACCUAAGCACGGAGAAAGAAAUCCUGGAGUCUGACGCUAACCACACAGACUCACACGUGUGUAUGUCUGUGUGGUGUGCGUGUCCUCUCAAACAGAGAGAAAUCCUCAAUGAGACUGUCUCUGCUGUAAAAGCCCCUCUGUCAGUGCCCAAUGCUGCACUGGAUUCAGUCUCAGGAGCACCAGCUCUAAAGGCCGAGUUUCCUCAGGUCAUAAAAAACAAAAAGAAGAGGAAAAAUAAGAAGGCCGCAAAGCUAACCAUUAGGAGUAAACUGCAGGUCCAGGAGCCAACUGAGACAAGUCGAGGAUACAAUUGUGAAGGAAGUGUCUCCCCUGAAGAUGGAAGUGUGUCCCUGCUCAGACGUGAUGGACAUGAUGGCCGUCACCACACAUGGCCUCAGUGUGAGAAAGACAAAGUUACUGAAGAAGAAGAAUCUCAACCUACAAUGUGCAGAAUCUUCAACAAGAGAAAACAAACUGAAUGCUGCAAAAAAGGCCCAACAGGCUACAGCAAAGGCCCCACAGCCCCCAGCAGAGGUCCAGCAGGCAACAGCAGAGGCCCAUAUGUGUGGAGGAGAACACCAGUCUCAAACAAAAAGCGCUAA